UUUGGAUUAGGGUUUACCAGGUUUGAAGCAUACCAAGAUGGAUGAAUUUGAUAGAGACAUUGAUAGGGACUUGAAGUUUUCAGUGAAGUCAACCAAAAACCUCAAGGUUCAUGCAACUUUCGAGAGCAUGAAACUUAAACCAGACCUUCUCAAAGGUAUUUAUGGAUAUGGAUUUGAAGCACCAUCAGCCAUUCAGUCUCGAGCCAUUAUGCAAAUAAUCAGUGGUAAAGAUACAAUUGCACAGGCCCAGUCGGGGACCGGGAAGACAGCCACCUUCACCAUUGGUAUGCUUCAAGUGAUUGAUACCAAGGCGAAGGAUUGUCAAGCACUUAUAUUAUCACCAACCAGGGAGUUAGCGGUACAAAUUCAAGGGGUAGUUAAAAACUUGGGUGAUUAUAUGAAUAUCCAUACUCAUGCUUGUAUUGGUGGGACUCAUGUUGGAGAAGACCUCAAAAAACUACAGCAAGGACAACAAAUCAUUAGUGGGACCCCCGGUAGGGUUGUUGAUAUGAUCAAAAGAAGGAAGCUCUCCAUUAGAAACAUCAAAAUGCUUAUUCUAGACGAAGCCGAUGAGCUUUUCUUGAAAGGGUUCAAAGAGCAGAUCUACGAAAUCUAUCGUCAUUUGCCCCCAUCGGUUCAAGUUGUUGUGGUAAGUGCUACAUUAUCAAGAGAAGUUUUGGAAAUGACUGGGAAAUUCACCACAGAUCCAGUGAAAAUCUUGGUUAAAAGAGAUGAUAUCACAUUGGAAGGAAUAAAACAAUAUCACAUACAAUGCGAAAAAGAAGAUUGGAAAUUCGAUACCCUCUGUGAUCUAUACGACUCCUUAACAAUUACCCAAGCAGUUAUUUUUUGCAACACCAAAGUCAAGGUCACUUGGUUAGCAGAUCAAAUGAAAAAAUCAAACUUCACCGUGGUGGCCAUGCACGGUGACAUGAAGCAAGACGAAAGAGACUCCAUCAUGAGUGAUUUCAGAUCUGGUAAUUCCAGAGUAUUGAUUUCAACCGAUGUUUGGGCCAGAGGAAUCGACGUCCAACAAGUUUCUCUUGUCAUUAAUUACGACUUACCAAUCGACAAGGAAAACUACAUCCACAGAAUUGGUAGAUCAGGCAGAUUCGGAAGAAAAGGUGUCGCCAUCAAUCUCAUAACAAGUGAUGAUUCCGAAGCUCUUCGUGAUAUUGAAAAGUUCUACUCUAUCAAAAUCAAAGAAAUGCCUGUAAAUAUUAAUGACUUAAUGUAACGACUCGACACGAUUCUAUAUAAUUCCAUACACCUCCAUACAAUGCACCACUAUUUCUACCCAUGUAAGCC